GGUGCUUAAACAAACAGUGACAGCGUCUGGCCAUGUGAAUUUAACUAGAACUCAAGAUCAACGGGAAACUGAGCUCACCGGGGCCAACAGAUGAUCGCUCUUUAAAGGAUUUAAAUGUUCGCUUUUAUUUCUGGUGUGUUAAAGUAAUCAGUGAGGGGACUGGCCUGGUCUGAACAAUUUGAAAAUAGGCGCGCAGUUGAAGGAAAUAUUAAAGACCGCUCUACGACUAAAUUAGAAAUGAGAUCCGCCUUAUAAAGAUAGACAGCGUGGAUUUUCGUGGAGUGUUUCCAGAGGAUCUAUUGUCCAGGAUAAACAAAUGUUUGAUUAGUGGUUGGGUUCGGAACCUCUCAGCUUUACGCGAUUAGCGAGUCAUCAAGUAACUUUGGUGAUUUACUCAGAUUCGCUCCAGGUUGGUGUGAUCAUGCUUCAAAAUGGGAGCGGGAAGGAAAAACAGCCACAGUCAACAAACACCGAUGGGUCCGAAUCAGAGCCUCCGGCUGGCAACCCGAAUCAACAGCAGCAACCUGCGCCCCCAGCCGAAGAAAGGAAGGGCACAGACCCUGGGUCCACACAUUUCCCUUUGCCCGCUUAUCCCAAAGUGGAUAUAAAGCGCAACGCAGUGACUGAUGACUACAAGAUUUCCAGUCAGGUUCUGGGUUUGGGGAUCAACGGCAAAGUUCUGGAGUGCUUCAAUAAGAAGACUGGAGAGAAGUGCGCUCUGAAGAUUCUCUACGACAGUCCUAAGGCAAGACGAGAGGUGGAGCUACACUAUCGGGUCUCAGGAGGGCCGUACAUUGUUCGCAUCCUGAGCCUGUAUGAAAACAUGCACCACGGGAAGAAGUGCCUCCUCAUCAUCAUGGAGUGUAUGGAAGGGGGAGAGCUGUUCAGCAGAAUCCAGGCCAGAGGAGACCAGGCCUUCACUGAAAAAGAGGCGUCUGAGAUUAUGAAGGACAUUGGCACAGCUAUUGCCUUUCUUCACAACAUUGACAUCGCCCACAGAGACAUCAAGCCAGAGAACCUGCUUUAUACCACUAAAGCUAAAAACGCAGUUCUUAAACUGACAGACUUUGGAUUUGCGAAAGAGACAACGUUACAUAACCCCCUGCAGACCCCUUGCUACACACCGUACUAUGUGGCUCCUGAGGUUUUAGGUCCAGAGAAGUAUGACAAGUCAUGUGACAUGUGGUCUCUGGGCGUCAUCAUGUACAUCCUGUUGUGUGGCUACCCUCCAUUCUACUCCAACACCGGUCAGGCUAUUUCUCCAGGAAUGAAGAGAAGGAUCAGAAUGGGCCAGUACGAGUUCCCUAAUCCAGAGUGGUCCGAGGUGUCGCAAGAAGCUAAAGAUCUGAUCCAACAGCUACUGAAGACGGACCCGAACGAGCGAAUGACCAUCACUCAAUUUAUGAACCACCCCUGGAUCAAUCAGUCCAUGAUGGUUCCCUCCACUCCGCUCCACACCACCCGGGUCCUGAAUGAAGACAGAGAGCUGUGGGAGGAUGUGAAAGAGGAGAUGACCAGCGCCUUAGCAACCAUGCGUGUGGACUACGACCAGGUGAAGAUCAAGGACCUCGACACAUCCAGCAACCCUCUUCUCAACAAGAGACGCAAGAAGGCCGCUGCGGGGGCCAAGGGCGGGUCCAAUGUCUGCCAAAGUCAGUGAGAUGGGCAAGAACCUCUGUGGAAAAUCCUGACUGAAUGGUGUCGGUGAUUAAGAGAAGCAGCUCUAGAUGAGGAGGAGGAGGUGUUGGCUGAAAUUAGUCUGAGGGCUGGUCUGGAGCUCCGACAGAGACUGGAAGUUAAAAUGUGUUCUGAGAGGAGGGAACAUAAAAGGGGAAUUAAAGCUGGACAUUUCUUCCUGUCAGCUGUAGAAAUCAACAACUCUGCUCACUGUGGGUUUAUCUUUGUUAAUUAUUUGUUAAUUAUUUUUAUCCGUGCGGUUUUUAGAGCUAGAUUGUUUAUAAGACUGUCUGUGUGCAAACAUGAUAUUUUUUGUGCAUUUGAAUUCUGGAUUGCCUAAAAUUUGGAGCUAUUGUGAAGGAAACAAACUGCACAGAGAGAGCGACUGUGAAGUACUCCUUGUUGCCUGUGUUGUCUUUUUGCUGCUUUCCUUUUAGAAUUAAAGCACAGUCUCACAUCGACUGUCUUAUUAUUAACAUGUAGCCUCCAUACUGACCCAUAGUUACAUCUGAAGGAACGUUUUUCACUGAAGCAGCAAUAAACAUGGCAUCACAUUCA